CAUGUCCUCUGUUGUCAUCAUUUACCUAGCAUCCCAGUAGUACUCUGAAAUACUUCUUUCUUCUACCCCUCGGCGGGGUUGACGGGCAAGUUUUCCGCCUCCGAACGCGGGCCAAAGCGGGAAAGUCCACUCUCUGUCUGCACCUCUCCGAUCUGCGUCUUCGCCCCUCUCGACUUCCACCAAAGCAAUGGCUGCUGAAAUGACCCCUGUUUUCACCAAGGAUGCCUGCCCUCCUGCGGGACCUUACUCCCAGGCCAUAAAGGCCAACGGCCAGGUCUUCGUCUCUGGCCAGAUCCCCGCUGACGCCUCUGGAAACCUGGUCGAGGGCACUAUCGGCGAGAAGACCGAGGUGUGCUGCAAGAACAUCGCUGCCGUUCUUGAAGCUGCCGGUUCGAGCAUUUCGAAGAUUGUUAAGAUUAAUGUCUUCCUGACUGAUAUGGCCAACUUCGCUGAGAUGAACGCCACGUACGAAAAGUACUUCACUCACAAGCCCGCUCGUAGCUGUGUUGCUGUUGCGCAGCUGCCGAAGGGUGUGCCUGUUGAGAUUGAGGCUAUUGCUCUGCAGUAGAUGGAUAGCAAACCUCUCCUUAAUGGUCAGUUAGUUAGUUAGGGAGGGAGGGAGAACUCCCGUUUUAACUAUACUAUACUAUGCUUAUAUAAAAUAUGAAUGAAAUGAAGAAUCUUGAUAUGAAUUGAAAAUAUGUUGUUUGGGUUGGUUAUAUAGGUUAAAUAAAACUACGAGAGAGAGAUUCGUCUCGUUGCUGUUACGUACUUGCAUUCUAUUUUGGCUGAACUAACUUAAGUAUAUAAGAUACUGUGCAUGCAAAAGCGUUGGGUUUAGCCUGCAGGGACUACAAGACUAUGUACAG